CUGGACCUGCAUCUAGUUCUUCUUCAACCCUCCUCGCUACAUGCUGCGUAACCUUUGGAAAACUUCUUCACACACUCAAACCUUGUUUACACACUUCAAACCAAAACAGAGUUUACCGGGUUUUCGGGCACUGGCCGUUUCUUUGUUUCUUGCCUCUCUUCUCCAACCUUGUUAGCCCAAACCUUGCAACAUAUACUUGAACCACCUGCCUACGAGACAUCUUCAUGAUCCAGUCAGAAACUCGACUUCGACUUCGCGCCAAUUUGUUGACGGCUUUCACCAGCGCAAUCCUGCCGCAAAAGACGCAAUCCCAUUGCGCUCAGCCGUCGCCUUGACCAGAUUUGUAGUACAAAGACCCCGGACCCUCAAUGCUGGCCGUUCAUCAUGAACGCGCAGGUAUCUUUCCUUGAUGGGACAUACACGCUGAUUCACAUUCCCCUCAGCCUUUACUCGAGCCUCCUCCAGCCUAUUCUUCGAGUACUGCUGCCGCAGUCACAAGGCGCAGGAGGCCUGCGCGACUCACCCGAGUACGAGUUACAAGGACUCACUUCUGAUGGACAGCAUGGCUUUCUCAACAUCAGUGUUACCCCUCUAGAGUGUUCGGUUGUCUGCCACACUUCGUGGGCCCAGAAUGUGUUCGAGCCAGUUCUCAAAACCCUGCCGCGCGACGUUGCGAAGAUCGUCUCCGUUUCUAAAGAAUCCUACAUGGUCCUUUCCGUCAUUAGUGCUGGACUUGAUGCAGGCGGCCGUGUCAUGGAAUUGACCUCCCCACUUGCUCUUGCUGGUAUCCCUAUCUUCUUCAUCACAACCUACUACUCGGAUUUUAUUCUGGUCCCGACAAAGGAGCGCGAGAAUGUGGUCAAAUCUCUUAUAGCCAAGGGCUUCGAACUAUCAGACAACGAAUCCAACUUUAUUACUUCUGCCGCGAAUAGCCAAAAGCAAGGUGGUGGGUUGCCAGCAUCAUCCCCACCACAUGAGGGCCUCCCGCUCAAUGUCGCUGAGCUGCAAACACGCAUUUUCGGCACACUGAAGAAGCGGAAUGUGGCCCCCAACCUCGAGGAAGCACUGGAAUUGGUGCAAUGCUCUGGCCGUGAAACGUCGCAGCUUGCAAACUUCACUCACCAGCGGCCUUCGAUUAGUCGGCACGCAACUGGGAACGGUCGUAGACCCAGCUGGGCAGACAACGUCGACACGAAAUUGUACACAUGCAUUAUUUCAGCACUUGUGUCACAGCCUCGAUUCAUGUCUGUUACUCUGGCUCAAGACGACCCACCAUCCUUGUUGCUCGACAAGAAUCUUCUCGACAUAUUUGGUGAUUCGCUUGUUGGAGACACUGACGCUUACUUGAUCCCGAUUUUCCUCGACCUCAAGAGUCUUCCUCUUGAGGCUACGGGUAUCGUAUGUGGUGUCGCUGGUAUACUGGUGCAGGAUCCACAGAUAGCUGCCAGCUCUGAGCUGUCAUAUCUCUCAACGGCGCAAGCAGGCGCUGUGAUCCUUUCUGAAGAGCAGGCCGUCAGGGCGAUGAGUAUCUUGAAACCCUUGUUGAGCGAUGAAAUUUAGCCAUGGGACCCCAAUACCGAUAUAACAAACGAAGAAGGACACUUGUGACAUAUUACUGUACGAUAAAGAAAUGCUCAUAGUAGAUGAGCAGCUAACGAGAGGCGCAAAGGAAACGGCGUUUGUUUGCUGUGAAGUCGAGGGGCUGGGAUUGAUGUGCGGGAAGAAGUUAUUUCUAGAUAUUCCAAUGUGAGCGAUCUGCGUUUUGGAUUGUUUGUCUGAAUGGUGUUCCCAGGUGCGGCCAAGUCCCAUUUUGAUACCAAA